GCUCUCUGCGUAGUCAUGUGCACCGAGGCUGAGAGGGAAAAGAGGGCGUGUCUUACCCAGUGAGCGGGAGAGCGGGAGUCACAACUCCAGCGUGUGGUGUGUGUGAGAGAGUGAGAGAGAGAGAGAGGCACCGGCAGAUGCUGAGGCUGCUACUAUUACUACCACCAUCGCUACUAGUGUAUCCAUUACAGUCAGUGCUUCUAUUAAGAGCAUUCUCUAUUACAACCAGCUGGAGCUUUUCUGUGGUUGUCUGUGAACGACUGUGUCGGUUUGUUUACGACUGUGUGUGUGUAUGAGUGUGUGAUGCCCUGUACAGAGUGACUGAUGAGAACAGGUGCACUGGUCUGGAGGGUGACCCCGUCCGUACGGUUCCACUGCCGCUGCUGUCGCUCGGGGACGAUUGGACGUCCGGCGUUGCCACGACGACUAGAAUGGGCUGCAAUCUGUGCACUUUACAGAAACGAGAGGAACACUAUAAGCUGCUGUAUGAGAUCGCACAGGUGAAUGGGAAGGACCUAUCCAAGGCCAGUCAUGACGAGGCAGUGGAGGCGAUCCGCUCUGCUAAGGACCCCAUUGCGGUGCAGGUGCUCAGGAGGAACCCUGUUGGCCGCGGUGGACAUGUUGGCUCCACUCAGGAAGUGCACGUGGUGGACGUGUGCACGCAGACAGACAUCACCUUCGAACACAUCAUGGCCCUGGCCAAGCUCCGAGCCACCACCCCUCCCGUGCCUGACAUCUGCCCCUUCCUGCUGUCUGACAGUUGUCACUCUCUCCACACUAUGGAACAGGAGUUCUAUGAGGGGACAGACUACCUCUCCACCCUCCCAGACCAACAGAGGACAGAGGAGUUUGAGUACGAGGAGGUGGAGCUGUGUCGACUCAACAGCCAGGAGAAGCUGGGACUGACGUUGUGCUACAGGACAGAUGAGGAGGAGGACAUGACCAUCUACGUCAGUGAGGUUGGGCCAAACAGCAUCGCUGCAAGGGAUGGACGCAUCAGAGAAGGAGACCACAUUUUACAGAUCAAUGGGCAGGAUGUGCAGGACAGAAAGGAGGCUGUAGCGGUGCUCUCUAGUGAAGAUACUAGGAAAUUCCUACUGCUGGUCGCCAGGCCCGAGAUACAGCUGGAGGAAGCGUGGUUGGAUGAUGAACACAGUGAAUUCCUGGAGCAACUGAAGAUGGAAAUGUUGGAAGAGCAACAGAGAGAAGAGAUGGAGCUAGAGGCACUUCAGGAGAAGGCCAAAGGAGAAGAGGAUGACAUCACUGCCACCUGUUCCUCCAGAACUCAGGACAGCGGGCUGGGGAUGUCGUUAAGGAACAGCAUCGACGCCCCCGACCACAACGCCCUCCUAACCCACAUCCAACGAAGACUCUCCCAGUGUCUGAGGGACAGACAGAACUGUUCCACGCGUCUGGACGAAGAGGAGGAGGAGGAAGAAGAGGAGGAUGUUGCAGAGGAUGGCGAUCGGUUCCAGCAGCUCCUGGAGCUGAAGUGUCAGAUCCGUAACAGCGGAGAGUACGACCUGAUCUAUAGCAGACGCAGCACUAUAGAGUGUAGGCUGGGAGAGCCGGCCGGUGGCGUGCAGCGUGAGCUCCGCAUGCUCAACGACGAGCUCCGUAGCAUCGAGCUAGAGUGCCAGAACAUCAUGCAGGCACACAAGCUCGGCAAGGGGCCGGUGGGGUCCCAGUGGGACCAGGGGCAGCAAGUGUUUCCCCAAAUUGUCUGCCCCACACCCAAGGACCAAAGCUCCCACCUGGGGUGCAAUGACUCACCUAGAAGAAGCAAACUGGUGGACAUCAACGAGUGUCCGGAGAAGCCGGAGAAGUCAGACAAGGACAGCUCGAGUGCCUACAACACUGCAGAGAGCUCUCGCAGCACGCCGCUGGCAAUGGACCGCUCCCCUGAGCACUCCCUUCAGAGGAGGAUGGUGACCAUCACCAACCAGAGGAACCUCCGCAGCAGCAUGGCCAGCCUCCACACUACAGCCAGCCCCAGCCCCAAACACCGGCCCCUCCACUGGGCCCCCAUCCCAGGCAAGGCCAGCAGCCCCGACCACAGCCUUUACCCCUCCGAGUCGGACAAGGUGGCCCCUGCAGACAACGAAAGGAGUGGGUUGGGGAACUGGAAGGUGAAGCCUCAGCCUCCCAGGGCCUCCCAGAUCCCUUACCUAUCCCCGUCCCAUGACUCCCAGCACCGCCAGCCCAACGCCAACAUCCCGGCCCACGCUCGCCACUACCAGAGCUACAUGCAGCUGAUUCAGCAGCGCUCGGCUGCGGAGUACGCCCAGAGCCAGCUGAGCCUGCUCAGUGGAGUCAAGGAGCCCCAGCUGAGCCCCGCCAUCGAGCCUAAGAUGGAAUGGAAGGUGAAGAUCCGUUCGGACGGCACGCGCUACAUCACCAAGAGACCCAUUAGGGACAAGAUCCUGCGGGAACGCGCCCUGAAGAUCAAAGAGGAGCGUAGCGGAGGGAUGACCACCGACGACGACGCUAUGUCCGAGAUGAAGAUGGGGCGGUACUGGAGUAAAGAGGAGAGGAAGCAGCAUCUGGUCAGGGCUAAAGAACAGCGGAGGAGACGGGAGUUCAUGCAGCGCAGCCGACUGGAGAGCCUGAGGGAGAGUCCUCAGAGCAGCAGCGAAGGACGCAAGGAGGUCAGCAUCAUUGAACUGAGCCACAGGAAGAUGAUGAAGAAGCGCAACAAGAAGAUCCUGGACAACUGGAUGACCAUUCAGGAACUGAUGACUCACGGGGCCAAGGCCCCUGAUGACCCCAGGGCAAAAGUACAUAAGGCCUUCCUGUCGGUCACCACUGUAUAAUAUACAACAAACACAUAACAAUCUAUAGCAGUGUUUCUUAACCGUAUUCAUACCAGGAACCAGCAAGCUAUGGCCCUACCCCGGUGAGCAACAUCCCAGGGACCGGUGCUGGUCUCCAGACCGGAAUUUGAGGAACACUGAUCUACAGUACCCCAUGUGGUAUUAUAUACUUGCCUCGUUCAAUGUGGCGUUUUUAUGAGGGCGAUAGGAAUAUUUUUCACAACUUUGUUACCCGAAAAAUAGCAUUUUCUAAAGAAUUUUAACCAAUGGUUUCCAUGGCAUUUAAAAAAUCUGUUUUUCAUUAUUUCACUCUGUUCCAGAAACACUUUUGUAUGAGAUUACUGAGCAAUUAUUUUUCUUAGUUCAUCCUGUAAAUGUAAUUACCUGCAUAGUGUUCAAUUAUUUUCAUAUUUCUGUUCUGUUAUACAGUGAUUCCAACCCACACAGGUCAGAAUAUUUGUAUGUACUCCCUCAGGGGGAGAGGCGUUCAAUUCAAUGUACAGUACAGAAAUCCUACUUCCUGCAGGUCUAGAUUUGAUAAACCAGCCAUUUCGUUUGUCCUUAAAGGGACACUUCGGGAUUUUGGUAUGAAGGAAGUUAGAGGUAAGUUUCGCGAGCCAAUGCUAACUAGCGUUAGCGCAAUGACUGGAAGUCUAUGGGUAUCAGCUAGCAUGCUAGCAGAUUGGGCUCCCGAGUGGUGCUCCCGAUGCCUCUAGCAUCUCAGUGCUAGAGGCAUCACUACAUAACUUGGUUCGAUUCCAGGCUGUAUCACACCUGGCCGUGAUAGGGAGUUCCAUAGGGCGGAGAACAAUUGGCCCAGUGUCAUCCGGUUUAGGGUUUGGCCGGGGUAGGCCAUCAUUGGAAAUACAAAUUUGUAAUAAACUGACUUGUCUGAUUAAAUAAAAAAAUAAAAAAAAUAAUGAUUCCCAUAGACUUAGUCAUUGCGCUAUUAACAACUUCCUUCAAACUGCACGCAGAGACAUAAAAAUGGUAUCCACCAGUUCAUCUGACUCUGGGGAAGUAGAUAAAGUGCCUCUGCCAAAAUCCAAAGUAUUCCUUUAAAGAUCAUGAACAGUCAAAAUAAUGUUUUUCAUGAAAUUGGAUAAUAUUUGGAUGAAACUAGAUCGAAGUAUGAAAAAUGACUGGUUCUUCUACAUUGGUAAAGUUUGAUCAUAGAGUCACUGGUCCCCCCCCCAUAUCAAAAACGUGGAUUCAGGAGGUGGGAUUAUUAAGGGGAUAGGGUGACAUCACUCUAACUCUCUCAUUUAAUACAUCAAUGGUAACAUGAUAUUCUCUUACCUAAUUUAAAUAAGUACCGCCUUGUAACCAACAUCGGAGAAGGUGUGUUUGCAGAAGGGCAUGGUUUUUAUAGUUAGAUAGCUACUCUACUAGUGACAACAUAUGAGUGUAGGGUGUCAGCAAAUACAAUUAAAAGUUUACCCUAUUCAUCUAGAAUGGAAAAGAUACUUACAGUUGAAGUCGGAAGUUUACAUACACCUUAGGCAAAUACAUUUAAACUCAGUUUUUCACAAUUCCUGACAUUUAAUCCUCGUAAAAAUCCCCUAUUUUAGGUCAGUUAGGAGCACCACUUUAUUUUAAGAAUGUGAAAUGCCAGAAUAAUAGUAGAGAUAACUAUUUAUUUCAGCUUUUUUUUCUUUCAUCACAUUCCCAGUGGGUCAGAAGUUUAUAUACACUCAAUUAGUAUUUGGUAGCAUUGCCUUUAAAUUGUUUAACUUGGGUCAAACAUUUUGGGUAGCCUUCCACAAGCUUCCCACAAUAAGUUGGGUGAAUUUUGGCCCAUUCCUCCUGACAGAGCUGGUGUAACCGAGUCAGGUUUGUAGGCCUCCUUGCUCGCACACACUUUUUCAGUUCUGCCCACCGAUUUUCUAUGGGAUUGAGGCCAGGGCUUUGUGAUGGCCAGUCAGGAAGUUAAAGCUUGGUCGCAAAUGGGUCUUCCAAAUGGACAAUGACCCCAAGCAAAGUUGUGGCAAAAUGGUACCUUGACUUUUUUGUCCUUAACUCAUUUUGCUACAACUUUGGAAGUAUGCUCAGGGUCAUUGUCCAUUUGGAAGACCUAUUUGCAACAAAGCUUUAACUUCCUGACUUAUGUCUUGAGAUGUUGCUUCAAUAUAUCCGCAUAAUUUUUAUUCUUCAUGAUGCAAUCUAUUUUGUGAAGUGCACCAGCAAAGCACCCCCACAACAUGAUGCUGCCACUCUAGUGCUUCAUGGUUGGGAUGGUGUUCUUUGGCUUGCAAGCUUCCCCCUUUUUCCUCCAAAUUUAACAAUGGUCAUUAUGGCCAAACAGUUCUAUUUUUGUUUCAUCAGAUCAGAGGACAUUUCUCCAAAAAGUACGAUCUUUGUCCCCAUGUGCAGUUGCAAACCGUAGUCUGGCUUUUUUAUGGUGGUUUUGGAGCAGGGGCUUCUUCCUUGCUGAGUGGCCUUUCAGGUUAUGAUGAUAUAGGACUUGUUUUACUGUGGAUAUAGAUCAUUUUGUACCUGUUUCCUCCAAGAUCUACACAAGGUACUUUGCUGUUGUUCUGUGAUUGAUUUGCAGUUUUCGCACCAAAGUACGUUCUUCUCUAGGAGACAGAAUGCGUUUCCUUCCUGAGUGGUAUGACGGCUGCGUGGUCCCAUGGUGUUUAUACUUGCGUACUAUUGUUUGUACAGAUGAACGCGUUACCUUCAGGCGUUUGGUUCGUACUUUUGAUCAAUUUCCAGACUUGUGGAGGUCUACAAUUUUUUCCCUGAGGUCUUGGCUGAUUUCUUUUGAUUUUCCCAUGAUGUCAAGUAAAGAGGCACUGAGUUUGAAGGUAGGCCUUGAAAUACAUCCACAGGUACACCUCCAUUUACUCAAAUGAUGUCAAUUAGCCUAUCAGAAGCUUCUAAAGCCAUGACAAAGGCACAGUCAACUAAGUGUAUGUAAACGUAUGACUCACUGGAAUUGUGAUACAGUGAAUUAUAAGGGAAAUAAUCUGUCUGUAAACAAUUUUUGGAAAAAUUACUUGUGUCAUGCACAUAGUAGAGUUCCUAUCCUACUUGCCAAAACUAUAGUUUGUUAUCAAGAAAUGUGUGGAGUGGUUGAAAUACUAGUCUUCAUGACUCCAGCCUAAGUGUAUGUAAACGUCCGACUUCAACUGUAUAUGUCUAGGUUUUCAGCCAGCAUGGAACAAAGAGGGAGGGGCAGGAGAAGGGUCGUUCAAAACUCCGAUGCAGUUGUCAUGUCAACACAUCCGUCAGUACUGCUGUGAACCGCAUCACAAGAGACAUGCCAAACGGGAAAUUUAUUUUUAAAAAGAUUGACAUCAUUGAUGCAAUUUCAGUGUUGUUUGAGUUGCUUUGUGAAUCACCAAAUUAGCUUGAGAUGAUUUUACAGCAACGCUGCUCACUGCAUCCAAGUUGCUUGACAUUUCAAAGAGAUGCCAGUCAAGGCGAGCUCAUCAAUAUAAGCUUUCCGCCUUCUCAGCCUGUUUUUUUUAAACAUUCUGGUAGUUUGCCAUGAGAGAAAAAGUUUCAAAAUUUUCGAGCAUUUCUAUCCAAAACAGAUAUUAGGGGUGAUAUUUUAGUCACUCAAAACCCUAUUUUAGAUGUGAAUCAGAAUGACUGUUCGAGACCUUUAAGAUGUGAACACUUAUUUGAAAAUCCAAAUGCCUAAUGUUUAAGUUUUAAUGUCCAGAACUUUCUGCUGAUUCCACACACACAUACAACUAAAAGUACAAACAUUGAUAUACCAAAUAAUGACACAUUUCUUCAUAACAAGAUAGUAAAGAGAGAACUUGGAUUGAAUGCUUACAUUUUCUACAUGCAUAAAAGGGACCACUGUUGAUAUGAUACUUUUAUAGCCAAAUCAAGAAUGUAUCAAAAAAACUGUGGACCAUUUGCAUUUCCCUUUGCAACCAUUUGAAUUGCAAAGGGUUAUUUUAUCUCAAGAGGCUUUGAAGACAAGCUGUCUGGCUUGACAAGCUGUCUGCAUCAGGAGUUCCAAUAUAGUACUGGUACACCCUCUCUUCAUAAGAUUUAGCAUAUUUAUGUUCACAUUAUCCUUUAUUUUUCCGUAUUGUACAAUGUUAAAGUUUCUCAACAUAACCUAAACAGUUUCCAAUUAAAUUUAAAACAUUUGUUAUGAACUGACUAUUGUUCUCUGGUGCUGCUCAAAGUUGAGCUCAAGAUUCAUCUUAAAAUAAGUUAAGAGUACUAUGUUUUAACAAUGGCGGAUCGUUGAGGAGCACACACACACUCUGUACCCUUGUACUUACUAGUUAUGGAUUGGAUGACUGCCGGUGUGCAGGACUCAUAACUUGGCAGUUCAUUUCCCAAUUGUGAAAUCAGGUUUCCAUACACAAUAACUACACACAUUCCAGUCUGGUUCAGUACUACAUAAAACGUACUUGCUGCAAACGUCUCAUUUUCAGUUAAAAUAUUGUAAAUUUGAACUUUGAAACCAACUCCUGUAUUUGUUUUAUGUCAAUGGUCUUAUUUCGAGUAAUAUGUAGUUAGCACACUUGUAGCCAGGUAAACGUGUGGUAUAAUUGUGAUCAUUGCAAAAUGAAAUGAGAAUAAAUGAUUGCUUUGUUUUUCUUUAGGAAA